UUGACCCCCUGGCUGUCCUUCAGCUGCUGCGAUGAGAUACGCUCCAGAAUUCAAGAAGUCCCCCUCGCACCUCCUGAAGACAUUUGCCGUGUGCGACAUCCCUCUGUACGACAUAUGUGACUACAACGUCACCAGAGAUCGGUGCCAGGAACUCGGGUGCUGCUUUUAUAAAGGCAUCUGCUAUGAGAAGGCUAUUCCCACUUAUGUGCAAGUGUUUUCCGCCUUGAUCGUGAUCAUCGCCGGGGCCUUUAUCAUCACCAUCAUUUACAGAGUUGUCCAAGAGAGUAGGAGAGAAAAGGAAGUCCCUACAGAGGUACCUUUGUCCUCCAAGUCCAGCGCUACAGUGGAAAUGGUGCCCUCGGGCGAGCGGCCGGCGGGGUCGAAGGCCCCGAGCACAGAGCCGUCGCACAAGAGCCCGGAGAGCGGUAGGGAGGAGGCACUGGCCAUACCAGAAGACGAAGAAACUGAGGACUGA